AUGAGCUUCGACUCUGAAAUGGAAAGUCUGAAUCUCAAGUCAAACAUGACACUCAAGAUGGUGGAAGUUGAAGGAGUUCCUUUUUUCAACACAAUUGCAGAGAACUGGGAUUCCAUUUGGAGCUUUAAAGCCCGGCCAGAUGACCUUAUCAUUUGCACUUAUCCCAAAUCAGGGACCACUUGGAUGCAAGAAAUAGUGGACAUGAUCCAGCAAGGUGGUGACCCACAAAAAUGUGCACGUGCCCCCAUCUACACACGGAUUCCCUUGUUAGAGAUGUGUCCUCCAAGACCAAGGUCCUUUGGCUUUGAACUGGCAGAAGCAAUGCCCUCUCCACGCUCAAUCAAAACUCAUCUUUCUGUCCAGCUCCUACCACCUUCUUUCUGGCAACACAAUUGCAAAAUCAUUUAUGUGGCCAGGAACGUCAAGGAUUGUGCAGUCUCCUAUUUCUACUUCCACCUCAUGCACUCUUAUUUCCCAGAACCAGGAAACUGGAACCAGUUUCUGGAUAUCUUCACUGCUGGGAAAGUGUUCUGGGGCAGUUGGUUUGACCAUGUUCGUGGUUGGUGGGAGGCUAAGGAUCACCACCCAAUUCUCUAUCUCUUUUAUGAAGAUAUAAAGGAGGAUCCAGUCCGAGAAAUAUGCAAAAUUGCCCAAUUCUUGGGUUUAGAGCUCUCAGAACAGGUGGUAAAUCAGAUUGUACAGCACACAGUCUUUGAAAACAUGAAAGUGAAUCCAUGGGUUAAUUAUACCACUUUGUCUCCUUCAAUUAUGGACCAUACUGUCUCUCCCUUCAUGAGAAAAGGCACUGUAGGAGACUGGAAGGAACACUUUACUGUGGCUCAAAGUGAAUGGCUGGAUGACAUCUGUGCCCGGGAACUUGAAGGCAGUGGACUGACCUUCCGCACACACCUGUAA